CAUGACCCACCCCAGCCCCCUGAACCCCCUUCAUGGACAGAUCCCCCACAGCCUGGGGCAGAAGAGGCGUCGAGGGCGCCAGAAGUGGCGGCAGCAGCAGCCGCAGCAGCCAAAGAGAGGCAAGAGAAAGAGAAAGCGGGCGGUGGAGGGGUCCCGGAAGAGCUGGUCCCCGUGGUUGAGCUGGUCCCCGUGGUUGAAUUGGAAGAGGCCAUAGCCCCAGGCUCAGAGGCCCAGGGCGCUGGCUCUGGUGGGGACGCGGGGGUGCCCCCAAUGGUGCAGCUGCAGCAGUCACCACUAGGGGGUGAUGGAGAGGAAGGGGGCCACCCCAGGGCCAUUAACAACCAGUACUCCUUCGUAUGAGCUGACCCCACCCACUCCACCCUUUUUAAGCCCCCCCAGCCCUGCUCGUGAGAUUGGGCUGAGGAGGGUCAGAGGAGGCCGAAAUCUCUCCCCCAUGCUUCCUGACCCUUGUCGGCCAAGGCCAUCUUCGAUGGUACAAGCAGAGGCUCAAGAGAGGCUCCCGUCACACACUACAGGUCCCCUCCCCAGGGCGGGGGAUUUGGGCUCUAUGAGCUCCUUGAGGGGCUCUUCUGGUCAGCCCCACCCUGGAGGCCAUUUCCCCAUUAACCACCCCCAGCCCGAGGCAGGGUGAGGGGGAAGGGCUGUCAGUUAUAUUAAGGUGGUUGUUGUUGUUGUUUUAAACAAAAUGGAGAAGCAUAAAUAAAUAAAAAGGUUUAUCUCGGUUCUAUCAUGA